AUGGAGCGAUCUCCUCCUCCUCCUCCUCCUCCUCCUCCUCCUCCUCCUCCUCCUCCUCAUCGUCCGCCGAGUCGUCGGAGCGGAGCUCCACAACCUCCGCCAUGGAUACCACUCCCCCCUGCAAGAGAGCGAGAGCGAGAACGAGAGCGAGAGAGGGAGAGAGAGGGGAGAUCUUCUGUGUUGAACCAGACGCAGAAGGCACCAUUUAUUUUUUGUCCGCUCUGCGAAAUUACGAAAAUACCCAUUUUUCAGGUGUCGACACUUCUGCGGGCCCGCAGUAUUAAAUCAUGAGCGUGGCAUAAUCUGAACCGUCUGAUGGUAUGCAAAACUUCGUCACCAGUUUGCCGCAGCCGGCGAAACACCGGCAGGAGAUCAGCCGUUGGAUGCCAUUCGUGCAGAUCGAGGCAACUCCGAGAGUCUCGGAUAAGGGAGCACAUGCAGAAAUUAUAAAUCCGCGAGAAACACGCGAAGAAAAUCCGCUCUCUUGGAAUUAUCAAUCCCAGAAAAUGAUUUCCCAGGACAUAAAUAUUAGAUUUCUGAUAUUCUAAUUUUGCAUUAUGGCACCAAGAGGAGGGUGGUGAUAUUUUAUAAAAUGUGAAGCAAAAAUAUCCAAAAAAUAGUUUUGAAAUUUUUAAUUUUUAUGAGCAUAAAUAAUGUAGGUUUUUUCUCAUUUUUUUUAAUUCACACUAUUAUUUCCUUGUGUCGAGUCAAAUAAAAUAAGAUGAGAUAUGAUUUAUUUAUAUCUAACAUAUAAGUUAUAAAAAAUAAAUGAUAUCAAUUAUAUGAUUCAUAUUAAAUAUAAAUAAAACAAAAGAAAUGGAAUUCUUUGUUUUGGAACUCAGAUUUAAUUAAAAUCUAUUUCAAAAUACGAAUUUAUUACAAGGAGUGGCUUUUUUUGCAUCGGGGAAAUGCUGAAGAAAGAGUUCAAGAGAUAAGAGAAUGAAGGAUAGCCACCAAAAAGACUAAUCCAAUCCAUAAUGAUGUACCGGAACAUACAACAUUUUUGUUACUUGACCAACCAUCAGAAGAAGCAUGAGUUCUAUAACAAGGUAUGGAGAUUAACCACCGUCAUCCCACCUUCGGUACUGAGGAAAACUAAAUGAGCCUGAUAGUCAACCUUUUAUUUCCAUCAUUAACUUAUGUUUUACAUGUAUGAUUAAAGAUGUGUGUGUGGGAGAGAUUGAGAGAUUGAGAGAGAGGGAGGGAGAGAGAGGAAGAGAGAGAGAGAGAGAGAUUAAACGGAGGACAGAAUCCAUGUGAGAGCCCACGUUGGUGUUGAGGAAAAAAAAAAAGAGUCCGAUUCUCCACAUUAUUUCCUUCAUUACGUUGACUUUUACAGGUAUCAUAUGAACUUGAGAUUAUAGUAAGAUGUACGUGAUAAUAUAUGUGUGUGUGUGUGAGAGAGAGAAAGGAGAUUAGAUUUCUUCUUGAGGUCAGGCGGGUUGUAGGGUGGAUCGGUAAAAUCAUCAUCAUCAGCAUCAUCCUCAUCCCGCGGGGUUGUCUUGGCCGUCGUGGUGCUUCUUGAGGUCAGCGGGGGGGAGGAAGCAGUCCAUGGAGAGGCCCAAGAUGUUGAAGUCAACCUCCUCGAUGGACCAGGUCUCCUCCAUCUUCCUCUUGUGGUUGGCGGAUCCCUCGCCGUAGCGAAAGAGGGUGACCAUCGUCCUCCCCCCGUGGGCGAUGUUGAUGCCGUCGAUGUACCUGUAGUCUUCAAUGGCCGACUCCAUGCUGGUCUCCCAGAAGAUGCUCUCCCCUCUCCGGUUGGCCUUCAUCCUCAGAAGAUGGCAGUCCUCGAGCUGAGUCAACAGGCCCGUCCUCUGGCUAAAGUAGCCCCAGAUGGUGUGGUGGAUGAUCUCGAAACUCCCGCUGCUCCUGGCCCGGAGCGCCGCCGGGUUAGCCUCCAGCUUGAGGAUGAAGCAGUCCUCGUUGUUUAUCACCUUCUCCCCGAUGCACACCGCCUCGGAGAACAGCCCCGCCGUCGCCCUCGGGUCCAGCCCCUGCACCGGCGGCGCCGCCGAUGAGAGAGAAUGCGAAAGAUAAAGAGACUGAGAUGGGCUCUCGAAAGAUCGAGAGAUUGAGCGAGAGAGAGAGAGAGAGAGAGAAUGAGAUGGACAAAGAGACUAAGAUUGGCUCUCCCUCGAGAGAAUGAGAUAGAUAAAGAAACUGAGAUGGGUUCUGGAGAGAUCGAGAGAUCGAGAGAGAGAGAGAGAAUGAAAUAGAUAAAGAGAUCGAGAUGCGCUCUCGAGAGAUCGAACGAGAGGGAGUUGGAGAGAGAGAGUGAGAUAGAUGAAGAGACUGAGAUAGCCUUUCUCUCUCUCUCUCUCUCUCUCUCUCUCUCUCUCUCUCUCUCUCUCUAAAUCUACCUGGAGGCUGCGGCGGAGGGGGCGAGGUGGGCCGCGCGAGGCGUGAGACUGCUCGGAGGAGGACUGCCGCCAGGCGAGCUUGCCGUCGCUGCCGGCGCUGA